UCACACCCAGCUGCUGCACUCCAAAUGACACAGACAGAGAGACAGACAGACAGACAGACAGACAGAGAUCCUGUGACGUGACCCCUCAGCUCCCUCAUGAGCACUGCCUGCGUAUCUGACCUCUCUUGCUGUUGCGAUGGUGGGAUCCUCCUGCAGCUUGAUCUUAAGCGUCGAGAAGGGCCGCUGCCCAGAGCCCGGGAAGGGCCCUCCGUCGCUGAGGAGCCAACAGAAAGUCUCGUGUGGUGUGCUCACUCUUUAACCAUUUCUAUGCCUGUGUGAGUUUCUGUGUGUGUGUGUGCAUGUGUGCGUGUGUGGUGUGUGUUGUGGUUCUGUACGUACCCGUAUGCAUCGAUGGCUGGGCCCGGUGGCGCCCGAGCCGUUGCUGCCCUGAGACCGCCAUCUCCAGCACCUGCUGCAGCACACUGGGAGGUAGGGGGACAGUCCCGCCCAGCACGCAGCUGCCGCUCACGUCACUGACCAAGGCGUAGGUGCGCCAGAUCUGGAAAUCCUUGAGGUUCUUCACGUACUCCUUGUCAGGAAGGGCGUCUGCCAGCGACUGACGGACCACACCACACACACAGACCUGGGAGAAAAGGUGUGUGCUUGUGUGUUUGUGUGUUUGUGUGUGCUGCGUACCCUGGCCUUUGAGAACUUCUCGAGAAGUUCCUGCUUGGUCAUGCCCAUGAAGGUGGCCUACAGAUCCAAAUACCAACGCACAUACACCUGCGCGAUUCACGACGUUCCACAGGCUGACCGGGCGAGAUCGCAGCCCCAUCAGCGGCGCUCAAAGCAGCGAAAACCCCCCACUCCGCUCCUCAUCCCGCGCUGACUGGCCAUCUCGAGGAACGCCCGGAGGGCCGUGUUGAUGCGAGUGGAGAGGGGCGGUUGCCCAUCUCAGAUGCCGCCCUCCACUCCUUAGACACACCCUCAACCCUCCCCAUCUCCCGCCCCUGCAAGAAACUCAUGAUGGGUGACCUCACGGCCAAGGCCAGCCGACGCAGCCGACCCUGCUGCCGCGGGUCGCCGAUGGUGGGGAGCUGUGGGACCGCCAUCGCCAGCACCUGCUGCAGCACACCGGCAGGGAGGGGAAUCUGCUGGGCUCUCGGUGUGCCGGCGGUCGAUGACGCAAUAGCGCUCGCCGAGUGCAGUGGUGGCAAUGGCAAGGAUGCGCUUGAUGAGGUGCCUCUCGAGAUGGUGGCGGUAGGCCUCGAGGAUCUUCUCCUCUCACAACACCCGAUGCGGCACUGGCAGUGGCCGCACGCCCGCCCCGGCCACCGAUGCCCCGAACUCCAGCAGCGUCAGCUUGCGGUAGAGCGGCCGCGGGAAGGCGUUCUGGUCGUUCUUGUUGGCGUCGAGCCGGGGAGGAGUGAGGCCGUCCGGUGUGAAGUUCUGCCGCCGUCCCGCUCCCGUACAGCCACCCCGUUGUGGUGCGGUCGUCAGGGAAAGCAGUUCAGCGGGCAUUGGCCCGUUUUUUGACUUUUUUC